AUGCAUCCUAGCUGUGACUCAGCGAAAACUCAUAUGACUUAUAAGAAUGACCAAAACAAGUGCGAUAAUAUAAUCCAUUUUUCUUCUGUUCAGGACCACAAUGUCUUCUAUCGUGAAGCCUUACCACCAGAUAGUCACUAUGCCAAAGCUGCAGUUGUUUUUCUUCACGGCCAAGCCUAUUCCUCAUCCACGUGGACGGAUCGGGGAUCUUUGAGCACUUUUGCAGCUCUCGGAUAUCACUGUAUAGCACCGGAUCUGCCAGGAUCUGGACAGACCCGAGGUCCUGCUGUUAGUGUUCAUGACAAGCCACAGUUUUUACUUUCGUUUCUUGAUGCAAUAGGCAUCAAACAUGUUAUGGUUGUAGCAGCAUCGAUGUCAGCUCAAUACGUUCUUCCACUCCUAGCUCGUGACAUUUUUGUCUGUGCCGUAGGAAUAGCCCCAUCAAAUACCCAUGAAAUUGUGCAACCAGCACUUUAUAGGACUCCCAUACUAGUGCUUUGGGGU